GGGGUUGCGGAUUGGUGGACGCCUGCCUACGCCUCUGGCUGUGAAGGUGAACGUCUCCUCCAGGCAGAUUCGGAGAAGUGCUAGCCUCGGCCAACUCUUGCAAUGGCUCCCGUCUUUAGGUCCGUGUUCGGCGCCGUCCCGCAGGCCACGCCAGUGGCCGUCUUCCAGCUGACGGCGGAUUUCCGCGUUGAUACGGACCCGCGCAAGGUCAACUUGGGAGUGGGAGCUUAUCGCACAAAUGAAGGGCAGCCUUGGGUCUUGCCAGUAGUUCGGAAAGUGGAGCAGAUGAUUGCCAAAGACACCAGUUUAAAUCAUGAGUAUCUUCCGAUCUUGGGCUUGCCAGAGUUUCGUGCUAAUUCCUCACGAAUUGCCUUAGGAGAGGACAGUCCGGCCAUCAAGGAAAACAGGGUAGGGGGUGUACAGUCUUUAGGAGGCACAGGGGCUCUGCGUAUUGGAGCGGAAUUCUUGAGGCGCUGGUACAAUGGAACCAACAACACAGCAACCCCUGUCUACAUUUCUUCCCCUUCCUGGGAGAACCAUAAUUCGGUCUUUACGGAUGCUGGCUUCAAGGACAUCCGAACCUAUCGUUAUUGGGAUGGUGCCAAAAGGGGUCUGGACAUCCAGGGAUUCCUGGAAGACUUGGAGGAAGCUCCAGAGUUCUCCAUUUUUGUCCCUCCAUGCCCAGCUCAUAAUCCCACUGGAACAGACCUCACCCAGGAGCAGUGGAAAAUGAUUGCAGCUGUUAUGAAGCGACGGUUCCUUUUCCCUUUCUUCGACUCUGCCUAUCAAGGUUUUGCCUCCGGUUGUCUGGACAGGGACGCCUGGGCUGUGCGCUUUUUUGUUUCCGAGGGCUUUGAACUCUUCUGUGCACAAUCCUUCUCCAAAAACUUUGGGCUCUACAAUGAACGGGUCGGAAACCUGUCAGUUGUGGCAAAGGAUGCUGACAAUGUGCAGCGUACCCUGUCCCAGAUGGAGAAGAUUGUCCGCACAACAUGGUCCAACCCUCCAUCGCAGGGUGCCCGAAUUGUGACUACAACGCUGACUUCACCAGAGCUGUUCACUGAAUGGAAAGCAAAUGUGAAGACAAUGGCAGAUCGAGUCUUGUUGAUGCGAGCAGAGCUCAGGUCUCGGCUUGAGACUCUGGGCACUCCAGGCACUUGGAACCACAUCACUGAGCAGAUUGGGAUGUUCAGCUUUACUGGGCUUAACUCUAAGCAAGUUGAGUAUCUGAUCAAGGAGAAGCACAUCUACCUAAUGGCCAGUGGUCGUAUCAACAUGUGCGGCUUGACCACCACGAACUUGGACUAUGUUGCUGGCUCCAUCCACGAAGCAGUUACCCAGAUCCAGUAAGGUGCAGCCAAAUGUUACGUGCCUGUGUGUGUAACUUUCUCCUCUGUUUUGAACCCCCCAAAAAAUGACCCAGAGCAGUGAAGGGAAGAUGCCAUUGUCAAGAGUAGGAGGAGGAAUGGGGGCUAAGUGGAAAAUAACGUGUGAACUGCACUUAAUUUGUCUGCUUUUAAACCUCUUGAGGCUGCCCUUGGUUAAAAACAAAACAAAAAGAAAGCCCCAAAUCAGCUGGGUAGAACUACACACAACUGCACGUCUGCAAAUCUGUCAAUUCAGUACAGUAUAUUUGCUCCCCAAGCUCACUGUUUCAUUGCUGGAACUCAGCAGAGACUGUAAUACUAUCAGGAAUAGGUCUCCUGGCCUUUGAUUUAUGGGAGAAAGAUUGUAUGAAGUACAUGUGAACUGUUCAUCCGCACACAUCAUAUUAACUCUUCCACCUAUCUUGUCUGUAGUAUGUCCCUUUGCACUUUAUGUAACUAACCCUGCUGCAGCAAAAAGGCACUGUUUGUGGGAACAGAUACCAAAAUGACUGUUGUUGCUGGGAGCAAGACUGGAACUGGUUCCCAUUUUCCAGACUUGCAUGAGCAAAGAUUGUAACUUUUACCUGUACCUUUUCUGUUAGUACAAUAAAACAGUCAAACAGUC